AUGAAAUUUUUCAGAAGCAGAACCUUUGAGGAUGCCUUUCGGGUCAUUGAGGCUGAGCUCAACUUCUUUUAUGAUGUUCUUUAUACUAAGGCUGCCGUAAUUCACUAUCUAACAGGGUACAUUUUCCGAGCUAUCUCAAUAUGUUCCGUCAUUAUUGCGUUUGCACUUUUCCAUGUCCUGGACAAGCAUGGCUUUCACGAAUAUGAUAUACGGAUUACAUAUGCCUUGCUCCAUGGAGCUAUUGGCCUAGAAUUUGUAGCUCUUAGUAUGCUCAUUUGCUCUGACUGGACAAUUGCAUUUUUAGGGAGAUAUGAGGAAUAUCGUAUAGGAAAAACCGUCAUUGAGUUCCUCGUAAAACUCAAAUCUAAAAGUUCAUCGAUGCCUAUAUUCUAUUCUAGAUGGUCUAAAUCUAUCUUCCAGUACAAUUUGAUUGAUUCUCAAUUGAGAAGGUUGCCAAAGUGGAUUGAGAAACCCCUUCAUCACAUCUCUCUCAAGGAAUUUUUUAAUGAUUUGAAGUCUGGACGACAAGAACCGUACACCGACGAAUUAGGCAAACUGAUUUUUGAUGUGUUGAUACAGAUGUCAUAUGCUGUAGGAGAUUCAGAUAGCAUAAAAAAGAUGUGUGCUACUCGAGGUAAAUGGGCUUUGGAGAAGAAGGAAGAUUGGAAAGACUUGCUUUCAUUCGUCAGUGAAGUUGAUUAUGGCGAGAGCCUUUUACUGUGGCACAUUGCCACUGAACUUUGUUACAAUAAGGAUGAAAAUACAAACUUCUAUAGCAAAACUAGGAAGAAAACCAGUAAGAUUUUGUCAGAUUACAUGCUUUAUCUUAUGAUCAAACAACCUAAUAUGAUGUCUACAGUGGCUGGGAUUGGCCAAAUAAGGUUUCGAGACACUUGUGCGGAGAUGCACAAGUUCAUUAGUGAAAAAUUCUUUGCUGGGAGCAAAACGAUGGAAAGUGUGUGCCAAAGUCUUCUUGUUGUUCCUACAGAUGUGAAGCCUGCUGAUGUGAAAGGGGACAGGAGCAAAUCCGUGCUUUUUGAUGCAUGUAUACUCGCAAAAGAGCUGGACAAAUUUGAGGAGACCAAGUGGGAGAUCGUGAGUGAAGUGUGGGUGGAAUUGCUCGUGUAUGCUGCCAUCCAUUGCCGACCUUACAAUCAUGCCCAACAACUCAGUAAAGGAGGAGAACUUCUCACCUUGAUUUGGUUAUUGACGGUACAUCUCGGCUUAAGUGAACAGUUCCAAAUAGUCGAGGGUCACGCUAGAGCAAAGCUGCUUGUUGAAAAAUAG